AUACUCUUGGUGGAAUCACUAGUUUUACCGUGUUGCAGUUUGCAACAAUGUUAUUUCAUAUCGCUGCCGCAGCAAUGCUAACGAACAUUGCGGUUAUGGACAUCUACUCGUUCCAUGAACUGCCGAAUAACAUUGUGGACAUGCAAUUACUAUCGGACGAGAGUCCUCUACACCGUGUCUUCGUAUACGGGACACUAAAGCGAGGAGAACCCAACCACAGUUUGAUCCAAGAUGUUACAAAUGGAUACGCAAAGUUCUUGGGACUUGGAAGAACCGCUGUUCCGUAUCCGCUAAUAAUUGCCACUCAUUAUAAUAUACCAUUUUUGUUGAAGAAACCUGGCUUUGGUCACCAUGUAUUUGGAGAAGUAUACGAUGUCGACACGAAAAUGUUAAAAAAGUUAGACGAACUAGAAGAACAUCCGACGUUUUACGAACGAUCAGAGGAAGACGUAUUGGUUGCUCCAGAAAGCAAGGCUAAAUCGAGCGAUAAUUUUGAAGAGAUCAGUACCUUGACAAAGGUCUGGAUAUAUUUUCUACCAAGAUUCAGGGCGUCCUUGUUGGAGAAUCCCAUGUACAGCUCGUACAGCAACGAGGGAAGCCACGGACUCAAAUAUUGCGAAAAGUACGUUCGCGAUCCCUCGUACAAUCACAGAAGCGAAGUUCAGUGAUAGUUCAUCCCCAAAAUAUAUUUGUUUCCAGCGAGGAGAGUACAGUAAGGCCGGAAGACCUACUCUGAUCAAGCUGUUUUGCAUAAUAUGUUGUUACCUCCAUCAUCGCAUGAACGCUUCAACUUCAUGUUUGUUAAUCGUGAUAGUUAAUAAAAGAUUUUUCGUCGAAUGAAAACCAUUGAAAUUUAAUCCUCUGCAGUCUAAUAUGUCUUUUCACCAUCAACAAGCAAGUUUCCUACUCAAUUUUUUUUUUUUUUUUUUUUUUUUUUCUUAGACAUUUAAGACUCUAGAGGUUUAAAUAUUAUUUCUCGUUAAUUUCCAUCGCAACGAGUUAACAAGCGCUAUGUUCUCUCGCAUAAAGCGAACCGAUCGUUGAAAAAACAUUUGGACAGUACAUAUAACAAUGAAAAGUGUCUCCAUAAAUACCUAUGUACAAUCUCGAAAAUAUAUCUUGUAAUAUAU